ACAACUACAACUACUUCACCAACCACUACAACUGAAGCAUCAACAAUUACAACUAAUGCACCAACAACUACAACUACUUCACCAACCACUACAACUGAAGCAUCAACAAUUACAACUAAUGCACCAACAACUACAACUACUGUACCCACCACUACAACUACUGCACCCAACACUACAACUACUGCACCAACCACUACAACUGAAACACCAACAACUACAACUACUGCACAAACAACUACAACUACUGCACCAACCACUACAACUGAAGCACCAACAACUACAACUACUGCACCAACCACUACAACUACUGUACCAACCACUUCAACUACUGCACCCACCACUACAACUACUGUACCAACCACUACAACUGAAGCACCAACAACUACAACUACUGCACAAACAACUACCACUACUGCACCAACCACUACAACUGAAGCACCAACCACUACAACUACUGCACCAACAACUACAACCGAAGCACCAACAACUACAACUGAAGCACCAACAACUACUUCACCAACCACUACAACUGAAGCAUCAACAAUUACAACUACUGCACCACCAACAACAACAACUGCUUCAUCAACAACUACAACUGCUGUACCAUCAACUACAACUGCUGCACCAACAACUACAACUGAAGUACCAGCAACUACAACCACUGCACCAACAACUACAACUGCUGUACCAACAACCACAACUGCUGCACCAACAACUACAACUGCUGCACCAACAACUACUGCACCAACAACAACAACAACAACUGCUUCAUCAACAACCGCAACUGCUGCAUCAACAACCACAACUGCUGCACCAACAACAAUAAGAACUGCUGCACCAACAACCACAUUUGCUGCACCAACAACUAAAACUAUUGCAUCACCAACAACUGAUGUACCAACAACUACAUCUUCUGCACCAUCAGCUACAACUACUGCACCAACAACCACAACUUCUGCACUAACAACUACAACUUAUACACCAUCAAGUACAACUGCUGCACUAACAACAACAACAGCUGAUGCACCAACAAAUACAACCUCUGCACCAUCAACUACAACUACUGAACCAACAACUACAUCUUUUGUACCAACUACUACAACUACUUUACCAUCAACUCCAACGACUGCACCAACAACCACAACUGCUGCACCAACAACUACAACUACUGCACCACCACUAACAACAACUGCUUCAUCAACAACCACAACUGCUGCACCAACAACAAUAACAACUGCUGCACCAACAACCACAUUUGCUGCACCAACAACUGAUGUACCAACAACUACAUAUUCUGCACCAACAACCACAACUUCUGCACUAAUAACUACAACUUAUACACCAUCAAGUUCAACUGCUGCACUAACAACAACAACAACGGAUGCACCAACAAGUACAACCUCUGCACCAUCAACUACAACUACUGAACCAACAACUACAUCUUUUGCACCAACUACUAAAACUACUUUACCAUCAACUCCAACGACUGCACCAACAACUACAAGUGAUUUAUCAACAAAAACUACUACACAAAUAACUACAACUUCUGUACCAAUAACUACAACUGCUGCACUAGCAGCUACUGUACCAAUAUCUACAACUACUCCACCAACAAAUACUACACAUAAUGAAUCUACGACUACAACAACUUCCAGUUUCACUACUACUCCACCAACAACAACCACAACUGCAGCACCAACAACUACAUCUACUGUAAGAACAACUACAAAUGCUGUACCAUCAACUACAACUGCUUCAUCAACAACCACAACUGCUGCACCAACAACUACAUCUGCUUCAUCAACAACCACAACUGCUGCACCAAUAACCACAACUGCUGCACCAACAACUACUGCACCAACAACAACAACAACUGCUUCAUCAACAACCACAACUGCUGCACCAACAACCACAACUGCUGCACCAACAAAUACAACUACUGCACCAACAACAAUUACAACUGCUGCACCAACAACCACAUUUGCUGCACCAACAACCACAACUGUUGCACCAACAACUACAACUAUUGCACCACCAACAACUGAUGUACCAACAACUACAUAUUCUGCACCAUCAGCUACUGCACCAACAACCAGAACUUAUUCACUAACAACUACAACCUAUACACCAUCCAGUACAACCUCUGCACCAACUACUACAACUACUUUACCAUCAACUCCAACUAUUUCACCAACGACUACAAGUGAUUUAUCAGCAACAACUACUAUGCAAAUAAUUACAACUUCUGUACCAAUAACUACAACUGAUGCACCAACAGCUACUAUACCAAUAUCUACAACUACUUUACCAACAACUACAACUAUUCCACCAACAAAUACUACACAUAAUGAACCUACAACUACAACAACUUCCAGUUUCACUACUACUCCACCAACAACAACCACGACUGCUGCACCAACAACAACAACAACUGCUUCAUCAACAACCACAACUGCUGCACAAACAACCACAACCGCAGCACCAACAAAUACAACUACUGCACCAACAACAAUAACAACUGCCGCACCAACAACCACAACUAUUGCACCACCAACAACUGAUAUACCAACAACUACAUCUUCUGCACCAUCAACUACAACUACUGCACCAACAACCACAACUUCUGCACUAACAACUACAAUGUAUACACCAUCAAGUACAACUGCUGCACUAACAACAACAACAACUGAUGCACCAACAAGUAAAACCUCUGCACCAUCAACUUCAACUACUGAACCAACAAGUACAUCUUUUGCACCAACUACUACAACUACUUUACCAUCAACUCUAACUGAUUUAUCAACAACAACUUCUACACAAAUAACUACAACUUCUCUACCAAUAACUACAACUGAUGCACCAACAGCUACUUUACGAAUAACUACACAUUCUCUACCAAUAACUACAACUGAUGCACCAACAGCUACUAUACCAAUAUCUACAACUACUCCACCAACAACUACAACUACUCCACCAACAAAUACACAUAAUGCACCUACCACUACUACAACUUCCAAUUUCGCUACUACUACAACAACCACAACUGUAGCAACAACAACAACUUUACAAAUAUCAACUUAUACACCAACAACUGAAGCACCACUGCCAACAUAUACUCCAUUUCUAACAAAUACAACCACUUCACACAGAACUCUUCUUUUACUACCCACAACAACAGCUACUACUACUACUACUACAAUACCUAAUUUUGCACAGAAGAGAAAAAAACGAAAUGCAGUUUCACUAGAAACCACAGGGCAAACAUACAACCUACAAAAUCCAAGAGCACUAACACGUAUUUCACAAACAACACCAACUACUCUACCAACAACUAGUACUCCCACAGCUAUUCCACCAACAUCUUCAACCACUCCACCUACAACAACUACUUGUAGUUGUAGUACUCUAUCCACAACCAUUAUUUCAGCAACUCAACACAGUGCAACGACUACUUUGAGAACUACUUCACCAACAACUACGCCAUCAAUAACUUUUUCAAAUACCAAAACUUUACCACCAACAACCACUACACCUAAUACUUCAACAACUAAUCCACCAGCAGCCAAUACAACAACUUCAUCAACAACUGUUCCACCAACCACUAUAACUGCUCCAUCAACAACUCUUCCACCAACCGCUACAACUACUCCAUCAACAACUCUUCCAUCAACCAUUACAACUGCUCCAACAACUCUUCCACCAACCACUACAACUACUCCAUCAACAGUUAGUCCAGCAACAAGUACUACAGUUGUUCAUGCAUUUCUUAGGAUCAAAUUAUUUGAUAACCUGAGCAAUCUUCAAAUCAAGGAAUAUUUGAACAAGCUGCCGUGAGUCACCAUCUUAACGGCUAACUCCGCCUACGGAACAUACCAUGCUGCAAGUAAGUCUAACAUUAUAUUCACAUACCACUUAAUCAAAAAGUUUACACUGAUCAUACCUAACCACAAUACAAAUAUACAAAUACAGUUUUUGAACAAGACAAGGCAAUAAAGAAUAACCAGAUAUGCAUUUGUUUACAGAUACAACAUGGAUUCGUCCAAUAACAUCACCAGGGACCAGCCCGUGUUUGUUAAAAUGAGUAAAUAACAUAUACCAAUAAAUGUUUAAGAC